AUGCCGCCCACGUUGGACUUGAGCCGGUCCAAGAUGAUCGUGUCACCGCCACGAAUCAACCUGAGGCGAGCCACCUCCUACACGGGACACGACAAGGGCCCUCUGUCUUCGACUUCAUCGAGAUUCAGUUUUAACCACUUGUUACUCUCCUCGCCUCCGCCCUCGCCAGGGCUACCGCAGCUGGUCCCAAGGCCACGCAAACCCUCUCACACGCCUCGUCCCAGCCGAGUUUUCCGGGCUCUUCUAUGGAUGACGGGCAUCGUCUCUCUUGUGUAUCUGGCAGUGUCUUCGGUCCGCAGACCCGAACUGAGCCCCCUUUUCCAAUGGCCACAGCAGGUGAAGGGCGACUAUGAGAUGGUCGCCCGCGAUACAUUGCCCGACUUUCCAACGCCAGUCAUCGUGACGGACAGGGGAGGCAACGCGAAGUGGACAAUCUACAUUCCACCGAGCCACGGCUUUCCGCUCCCCGUACGAGAGUACUCUGCUAUAUGCUCAAAGUGCCGCGAGGUAGCUAGCAAGGUUGAGGCUCUUCAGAGCAGCCUGCAGAGCGCGGGACCAUUUCAUCUCGGUCACAGCAGUGCGAGAAAGCACUUUGUUGAUGUUGCAGAAGCCGAGACCGCAGGCGUACUACCUGGAACUGUUUCCGUGUCUGCCCUCCUGAGUCAGCAAGAGCAGAGCGGAGGGCUGGUUGGCGCUAAUCAGGACGGCUUGCUCGAUCAACCCGUCUGCAGCAUGUCUCUGACUUUUGUGUUGGAGUCCGAAGAUGCCGGACUAGGGCAAACGGUUAUGAUGCUCUGGAUCGCAUACGCGAUCGCUAAGAGAGAGGGCAGAGCCUUCUUCAUCGAUGACACGAGAUGGGCGUACGGGCGUUAUGUUGACAUUUUCGAGGCACCUCCGCAUCCUGGUUGCCGCCCGCCUCUACGUCACGAAAUUGUCCCUUGCCCUAGACAUGCUCGGCAUCUUGUUGUCAGCAGCGCUACUACAAAGGGCUUUGUUGAGAGUAUUCCCCCGGAGACAUCCGACAGAGCAUUGCGCAGCAAGCACUUCCAACUAGCUCGAACAGGUUUUGAAGAUCUGUUUCUCCUGAACCGCGAGGAUGCAGACUACGUCUCGACGAGAGUGAAGGACUUGAAAGGCCAGACCCGUGCAGAGGCAAGAGGUGCACCCGAUGGAGUCAUUGUUGGAUUGCACGUCCGACGUGGCGACCGACACCCGUUUGAUUUUCAGUACCGAGGGUCAUACAUCCCGCCGAGCAUGUAUACAGAACGGGCCUUGACCUCCGUGAACGCCGCAUUGAACUCGGGCCGGGAGGUGGACGAGCUUGCCAAGACGAACUCUGUCUUUAUUAUUGCCUCCGACGACCCAACGGUGUACGAGAUCGAUGAGUUCAAAGGCGCAGCACGCGCCCAGGAGCGGAUACGGCUGGCGGGCAAGGUCAACGUCGAGGCAGGCAACCCCGACAGGCGCGUCAUGCACAAGUUUGUUGAUGAAGCCUUCGGAUGGGAGGGUGGAUUCUUCGCGGCCAUGUUCUGGAACCUUGGACUAUCGACGCUUACCGCUGCCAACGCGCCCAAAGCCGCCGAGGCUCGGUCCAAGCCCUCAGCAGAGACCGUCAGGCUACGAAGCUUGGUGGGAAGGGCAUACAUGAUGGACCUUGCUGUGCUCUCCCAGGCUAGUGAUUCGGUCGUGUGUACUGUCAGCGCCAUGGGUUGUCGACUGCUUGCCGUUAUGCUUGGCCAGGAGAGAGCUUUUGACCAGCAAAGGUGGAUAAAUAUCGACGGGGAGUACGGCUGGUCGAUCCUACCGAUAUCUUGA